UGACAAGAUGGCUUCCUCUGCGACGUUGCUUUGCUUGAUACGGAUACGCUUGGGCUAGUGUGGCGUCAGCUUGACUGUGUAUCACAUCUGUACUACACUUUUGUUUUGCACUUUUCAAUAAUUAAACUGUAUCCAAACGUUGUUUGGUUAUAGUUUAACGAUUGUUAACUAAUUCAAGUUGUAUUUGUAAGCUUCGAUGACAGCUGUCGUGAUAGGAGGAAUGGAGUGGUCAAAGGAGAACAUUCUGGAAUUCAUAGAUCUGUACAAGGAGACGACCGUUCUCUGGGAUCCCAAAGACCCGUUCCACUACAACAAAGUGAAAAAGAACGAAGCAUGGGAAGAUAUUGCGCGCGAAAUUGGAAGAAGUGCCGAGGAAUGUCGCAAGAAAAUGGAAUAUUUGCUGGCUGCUUUACGUCGGGAGAAAAUGAAAAUCAAAAGUUCACUCGUGAAAGGGAAGGAUCAUAAGAUCACAUGGUUUGCGUUUGACAGUUUGAAAUUUCUGUUGGAAGAACGAAGGGCACGCAAAGGAACUGAGAAAGUACCGAUCGGGGACGUGACAUUCAGCUCAAUGGAUAUCGAUCGUGACUUGGAAGAAGAUUCGAUUGUUUUCAAACAUGGCCACGACUACGCGGACAGCAUCACGGCCAAAGCCGCCCCCGCCGCCGCCUCCACGCCAGCGCAACCGCCCCCCUCCAAGCGAGCGCGGGCCGACGACACCAAUAACGCUGACCUCAACAAUAGCAACAACAGCUUCGAGAUCACGCACUUCGCCAACUACAUCGCCACCAAACUGGCGUCGUAUCCUCCGCGCACCAGGUCAGCUGUGCAGAAUGCGAUCACCACGCUGAUGUUUGUGGCCGAUUGUGGCCAUUACGACUCCACAGGCCAGCCGCCCAAGGAGAAGACGCAGAAGGCAGGGGCGCGCUCGCAAACGUCGACGCCCGUCCCGACGUCGCAAACGUCUGCGGCGAGCGGCUCGCGUGCGUCUGCGCGCAUCACUCGUUCUGGCACGGUGGCCACUAGCUCACAACAGGCGGAACCAGAGGUAUCAGUGUCGCAGACUCAGUCCUACCAGGAGUUGUUUGACAGCAACAAUUUCGAAGACGACGAGCCCUUAGAAAAGAGAGACAUGGAAGAGGCAGGCCAUCAACAGGUGGAGAUCAUUGUCACCUGACCUAGGACCAUGCGUGUUCUCAGCGGCUUCAUGUAGAACAAACUGCGCACAGUUAGCAAACAUAUUUCACUAAUCACAAAAAAAAACAGGAACAGUUAUAGACUAUAGUGACAUAGAAGCUGUUGCAUAUCCAUUACCAAAACUGUUAGGAAGACCUCUGGAGAAUCUGUUGAAUUCUGUGGAAAUUAUGAAAAAUUAAUCAAAUGUUCUAAUAUUGAGCAGAGAAUGAUCAUGAAUCAUUAUAAAUAUCAUUUAAGUGAAAGCUAUCACACUUCUGGCUUGAAAGCUUUCAGUUUUCAGAAUAAAUUUAAUUUGGUGACUGGAUGAAAUGAUCAAACGUCCAAGCCAUCGGCAGGAUUCGAACCCAUGAACCAGGCGGUGCUAGCAGACCGACGUUUUUAACGCUCCUUACCACUAGACCAACUUGGCUGACAAAUUAUUAUAAAUAUAAAUUAUAAAUAUGAAUUAUUAUUUCUGUUUCGUGGGAGAAUAAUGUGGUAUGUGGAUAUAUAUUAAUAAACAAUGAAUCUGUAUUAUUGUGUUUUAUACUCGAAUUAAUCUAACUUUCAUAUUUGAACAAAAUGAGAAUUUACACCACUGAGUUGUUUCAAUAGAAAAGUUUCAUUAAUUCCAGUAUUCCGUUUAGUUGGAAGUGAAUGAGUCAAUAUAUAAUAACAUAUAUUCGAUGUGGUUUAUUCAUAAGAUUUAGUGGAGGAAUAAUAUUUACUGUAUUGCAUAUAAAUCAAUAUCUCUCUGGAAAAUUAAUGAGCAUUCAAAUUAAUGACGUGUUUUUAAUUUACUUUUUUGAUAUAUUCGAUAAAUACGUUUAGCUUGACGUCUUGAUUUGACAAUUUGACAUAUUUUAAUCAUUUUUCAAGUGUAUAUAACCCCAAGCUAGAAUUGUUACUUAUUGCAUGAUAUAUUAUGUAUAUAUCACUUGAAUUGUUGUUAGAUUAAGAUUGCUGUUGUGGAAGUUGAUAAGUUUCGAAACUCUUGGAAAAUUAUCAACAAGUACAGUUAGUUGAUCAUUUUAUUAUUAUUUUGGAAGUAGGCCUUCCAAGAACCUACCUAUUUAGAAAAUAUUGAGAAAUUGGAAAAAUUGAUUUGAAGUAUUUUAAGGGUGAAUGUAUUGAGAUAGAUGAUUAAAAAUGUCAUUAAAUGUGGUCCACCUAGCAGCCAAGAAAUCAUGAGUAUUGAGUUAGUUAUUAGAUUGUAAAGAUUCUUCGUUAGAACUAUGACCAAAGUUCUCGAUGAGUAUCAGCAAAUUUUGCUAUUAGGAAUAGGGUUGACAGUUGACAUCCCUAAAAGAAGUGUAAAUAAGUGUGGUUUUAUAUGAAAAUAAUAUCACUAAAAAGAGAGAAGGGUAGUUGUUUAUAUGCCCACAUUUAAUGUAAAUAACAGAAUUAAAAAAUGAAUGGCAUUUAUGAAUAUUCUAUUCUGAAGUAAUUUGUUGUCUAGUAAGAAUACUAUGAAUACUAUCAUAUUAUGAUAUCUGUAUCUGAUGCAGCCCGUACUUACAUUAUGGUUCUAUUAUUGCAAAUUGACAAAUGUUUGUAUUCAAAACUAGUCAAGUCCAAAAUUAAAUCUGUUUAUACUUUAUAUUGUGUCCGUACAGUAUUUAGUAAGAUUUUAUCAAAUUCUAACAAAACAUAAAUUAAAUAUAUAUUCUCAGGUACCUCCCCUCCCUUCCCGCCGAAUAAAUUAUAGAUGCAGUAUUGAAAGCAUUUGAUUAUGUUUUUCUUCUAGAUAUCUAUAAUUAUUAUUUUUAAUAAUGUUAAUUUGAAAUGUUCUUUUCAUUCAACUUACCGCACAUUAUUUUUCUUUACACAGAAUAUAUUUUGAGAAGAAAAGGAAAUUGGAAUUUCGUUGAAUGGAUUAUUUUUUAACAAGUUACAUACUUGAUUUUCAUCUAUUUGAUAUUAUGGUACCUAUAUUCUUAUCACUUUCAGUGAAUAUUAUUAUAUUAAUGAUUGGUCUAUAUCUAUAUAGGACUACGUUUAUUCAAUGAUGAUAAUUUUAUAUUAAUUUUAUUCAAUUAUGAAUUGAGUUAAACAAGUAAAUUGAAAUUUUUUUCUAUUUUAAAUAGAUUAUAGAAGAUCUUUUAUAAUAAUUUUUAUAAAGUAAUUUUAUUCACAUUGAUAUAUUGAUUACGGCAUAUUUCAGCAUAGAUUGAGUUAAACGUGUUAAUUUAAUAAUGUGUCCUAUAUAUUAUUCUAUUCACAUUAUUAUUCCUACUAGUUCUACAAGCAAAUAUACUAUAUUUUAUUGUUCUAGAACAGCAUUAAAUCGCUUGAAUUGUA